AUGCUCAAGAACCGUGGAAUGCAGGCCGUUGUGAAGGAGAUUUCUAAGAAGGAGAAAUUUCGGAGAAAGAAAUACAUUGGUGUCUUGAGGCGGGGAUCCAGCAGGGUGAGGACAAUGAUGAUGAAGUUUCCCAGCAGGCUCAAGAUAAUAAGAAACCAUACAGAAAUAACAGAGUUUGUCCUCUUUGGGUUGUCUGUUGACCCAAAGCUCCAGAUUGUCAUAUUUGUGUUUCUCUUUACCAUCUACAUGCUGGGACCUGACCACUUCACAUGCUGCAUCACUGGGAACUUGACCAUCAUCACCCUUACCCUGCUGGAUUCCCACCUCCAGACACCCAUGUAUUUCUUCCUGAGGAAUUUUUCCUUAUUAGAAGUUUCGUUCACAACUGUCACUAUUCCUAACUUUCUGGGCAGCAUUGUUUCAGGAGAUAAGACCAUUUCCUUUAAUGAUUGUAUAACUCAAUUAUUUUUCAUUCUAUUGGGAGUCACAGAAUUUUACCUGCUGGUUGCCAUGUCCUAUGAUCAUUACAUUGCCAUCUGUAAGCCUCUGUAUCACAAGAUCAUCAUGAAUCGAAGAGUUUGCAUGAUGCUUAUCUUUGCUUCCUGUUUGGCUUCAUUCUUGAUCAUCUUCCCUGCCCUCAUGUUGCUCUUACAGCUUGAUUACUGUAGGUCCCAUAUUAUUGACCUUUAUUGUGAUUAUUUUCCCCUGCUGCAACUUUCUUGUUCAGACACAAAAUUCCUAGAGCUAAUGGGAUUUUCCUGUGCUGUGUUUACUCUAAUGUUCACUUUGGCAUUAAUAUUCCUAUCUUACAUAUAUAUUAUCAGAACAACAUUGAAGUUUCCUUCUACUACUCAGAGGACAAAGGCUUUCUCUACAUGUUCAUCCCAUAUGAUUGUCAUUUCCAUCUCUUAUGGAAGUUGCAUUUUUAUGUACAUUAAACCUUCAGCAGGAGUAAGAGCAUCUUUGAGCCAGGGAGUUGCUGUGCUGAACACCUCAGUAGCCCCCAUGCUGAACCCCUUCAUUUAUAGCCUGUGGAAUCAGCAAGUCAAGCAAGCUUUUGUGAACAUGGUGAGAAAGAUUGUAUUUUCCUUAAGUGCUUAA